GCUUGGAGAAAGAGGAAAACUCUCCCGCCAGGUUCAGAGCAACAUCAGAGCGAGGAGCGUGGGGCGGGGACUCUAACUCGCGCGCUGCCCUGCUAGUGGCCGUUCUGGUGGAAGUGGGGGUAUAGAGGGAGGCGGAUUAAGCCCUUAAUUACGGCAUGAUCCGAGUGGCACCUGCUUUACGCCCGCCCAGCUCCCGGGGGACUCGGGCACUGGGGGGUGGAGAGGAGAACCAGGGAAGGAGGACAGCGCGCGCGGAGGCACGGCCGGUACCCAGGCACGCCAGCAGGACAGCGGCACCGUGGCUGCCGCAGCGCGCAGAGGUUGUGGAGGGGCUUACGGCUCCCGGCCCGUGGGUCCUCGACCCAGGGGCUGGGGUCCGAGCCCCCCGCCCGGGACUCAGGCGGGCCGGGCCAUGCUGCGCUACCUGCUUAAAACACUGCUGCAGAUGAACUUGUUCGCCGACUCCCUGGCGGGGGACAUCUCCAACUCCAGCGAGCUGCUCUUCGGCUUCAACUCCUCGCUGGCAGCGCUCAGCCCUAGCCUGCUGCCUCCUGGAGACCCUGCUCUCAAUGGGUCAAGAGUUGGGCCGGAAGAUGCCAUGCCGCGCAUCGUGGAGCAGCCGCCAGAUCUGCUGGUUUCCAGGGGCGAGCCGGCCACGCUGCCCUGUCGCGCUGAAGGCCGGCCUCGACCCAACAUCGAGUGGUACAAGAACGGGGCGCGCGUGGCCACGGCACGCGAGGAUCCGCGCGCUCACCGCCUGCUGCUGCCCAGCGGCGCCCUCUUCUUCCCCCGCAUCGUGCACGGGCGCCGCUCGCGGCCCGACGAGGGUGUCUACACCUGUGUGGCUCGCAACUACCUGGGAGCAGCGGCUAGCAGAAAUGCCUCUCUGGAAGUAGCCGUCCUCCGUGAUGAUUUCCGGCAAUCGCCUGGGAACGUGGUGGUGGCAGUGGGGGAGCCCGCAGUAAUGGAAUGUGUGCCCCCUAAGGGCCACCCAGAGCCUUUGGUGACCUGGAAGAAGGGCAGUGCUAAGCUUAAGGAAGAGGAGGGCAGGAUCACGAUACGUGGAGGAAAGCUGAUGAUGUCACACACAUUCAAGAGUGAUGCUGGGAUGUAUAUGUGUGUGGCCUCCAACAUGGCUGGAGAGCGAGAAAGUGGGGCAGCUGAACUUGUGGUCCUGGAGCGUCCCUCAUUUCUGCGUAGACCAAUAAACCGGGUCGUUCUGGCUGACGCCCCUGUGAAUUUCCUGUGUGAGGUGCAGGGAGAUCCCCAGCCCAGUUUACGCUGGCGCAAGGAUGAUGGUGAACUGCCCACUGGCAGGUAUGAGAUUCGGAGUGACCACAGCCUUUGGAUCGGCCGAGUGAGUCCUGAAGACGAGGGCACUUACACCUGCGUGGCAGAGAACAGUGUGGGCCGUGUGGAGGCAUCUGGCUCCCUCAGUGUUCACGUCCCACCCCAGUUUGUGACUCAGCCCCAGGACCAGACAGCAGCUCCUGGAGAAAAUGUGUCUUUCCAGUGUGAGACCAAAGGAAACCCCCCACCUGCCAUCUUCUGGCAGAAGGAAGGGAGCCAAGUCCUGCUUUUCCCUAGUCAGUCACUCCAGCCGGUGGGACGCCUCUCAGUCUCUCCAAGAGGCCAGCUCAACAUCUCUGAAGUACAGAUCGGGGAUGCUGGCUACUACGUGUGCCAGGCUGUCAGUGUGGCUGGUAGCAUCCUGACCAAGGCCCUGUUAGACAUAAAAGGAGCUUCUGUGGAUGGGCUGCCUCCCGUCAUCCUCCAGGGACCCGCCAACCAGACGCUGGUACUUGGCUCUUCUGUGUGGCUGCCAUGCAGAGUGACUGGAAACCCUCAGCCCAGUGUCCAGUGGAAGAAGGACGAGAGGUGGCUGCAGGGGGAUGACUCCCAGUUCAACUUAAUGGACAAUGGCACUCUAUACAUCGCCAGUGUACAGGAGAUGGACAUGGGUUUCUACAGCUGUGUGGCCAAGAAUUCCAUAGGGGAGGCCACAUGGAACAGCUGGCUUAGGAAGCGAGAAGAUUGGGGAACAUCACCAGGUCCUGCAACUGAACCCAGUAACCCUCCAGGGCCUCCCUCACAGCCAGUAGUCACAGAGGUAACCAAGAACAGCAUCACCUUGACCUGGAAGCCCAAUCCACUGUCUGGGGCCACAGCUACCUCUUAUGUGAUAGAGGCCUUCAGCCAAGCAGCUGGCAACACAUGGCGGACCGUGGCAGAUGGGGUGCAGCUGGAAACACACACUGUCAGUGGCCUGCAGCCCAACACCAUCUACCUGUUCCUAGUGCGAGCUGUCGGAGCCUGGGGCCUGAGUGAACCCAGCCCUGUCUCUGAGCCUGUUCAAACCCAGGACAGCAGCCUCUCCAGGCCGGUGGAGGACCCAUGGAGAGGCCAGCGAGGGCUAGCUGAAGUGGCUGUGCGCAUGCAGGAGCCCAUAGUCCUCGGGCCCGGAACUCUGCAGGUGUCCUGGACGGUGGAUGGCCCAGUGGAGCUGGUGCAAGGUUUCCGUGUGUCUUGGAGAGCUGCAGGCCUCGACCAGGGAAGCUGGACGGUGCUGGACCUACAGACUCCACAAAAGCAAAGUACUGUGCUAAGAGGACUCCCCCCAGGGACCCAAAUCCAGAUCAAGGUGCAAGUCCAAGGCCAGGAGGGGCUGGGGGCUGAAAGCCCUAUUGUGACCAGAAGCAUUCCUGAGGAGGCCCCCAGUGGCCCCCCUCAGGGAGUGGCUGUGGCCUUGGGGGGUAAUGGCAACAGCAGUAUCACUGUGUCCUGGGAGCCUCCACUUCCCUCCCAGCAAAAUGGGGUCAUCAUUGAAUACCAGAUCUGGUGCCUGGGCAACGAAAGUCGCUUCCACCUCAAUCGAUCUGCAGCAGGCUGGGCACGCUCCGUGAUGUUCCAGGGACUGCUACCAGGCCUGCUCUAUCGAACCCUGGUGGCGGCAGCUACCAGCGCUGGCGUGGGCGUGGCCAGUGCCCCGGUGCUGGUACAGCUGCCGUCCCCUCCGGCAGCGGAGCCCGGGCCUGAGGUCAGCGAGGGCCUGGGAGAACGGCUGGCUAGGGUGCUGCGGGAGCCCGCCUUCCUGGCUGGCAGCAGCGCAGCCUGCGGGGCGCUGCUGCUCGGGUUCUGCACUGCCAUCUACCGGCGCCAGAAGCAGCGCAAAGAGCUCAGUCACUACACCGCCUCCUUUGCCUACACGCCUGCAGUGUCCUUUCCACACUCAGAGGGCCUUUCUGGAGCCAGUUCCAGGCCACCCAUGGGCCUCGGCCCUGCUGCCUACCCAUGGCUGGCAGACUCCUGGCCCCAUCCAUCUCGAAGUCCCUCAGCUCAGGAACCCCGGGGAAGCUGCUGCCCCAGCAAUCCUGACCCAGAUGAUAGAUACUACAACGAAGCAGGAAUCUCACUGUACUUGGCUCAGACUGCCCGGGGUGCCAAUGCCCCUGGUGAGGGUCCUGUCUACAGCACCAUUGACCCGGUAGGGGAAGAGCUGCAGACCUUCCAUGGAGGGUUCCCUCAACAUUCUUCUGGGGACCCAAGCACCUGGAGCCAGUAUGCUCCUCCUGAGUGGAGUGAGGGGGACAGUGGAGCCAGGGGGGGCAAAGUGAAGAUUCUGGGCAAACCUGUGCAGAUGCCCUCUUUGAGCUGGCCAGAAGCCCUGCCACCACCUCCCCCUUCCUGUGAACUAAGCUGUCCAGAGGGGCCCGAGGAAGAGCUAAAGGGCAGUUCAGACCCGGAAGAGUGGUGCCCACCAGUGCCUGAGAAAACCCACUUGACUGAGUCGAACUCCAGUGGAGCAUGCCUGGUGGCUCCACCCCCAGGGGAAAUGCCUUCCCCUACCUCUUCUUACGGACAGCAGUCCACGGCCACUCUUACCCCUUCACCUCCUGAUCCUCCCCAGCCCCCUACUGAUAUCCCCCAUCUCCAACAGAUGCCCAGGAGGGCGCCGCUUGGGCCAAGUUCUCCUCUCAGUGUAUCCCAGCCCGCUCUGAGUAGCCACGAGGGGAGGCCUGCCGGCCUGGGUGCCGGGCCCACAGCCUCCUAUCACCUCAGCGGCAGCCCUGUCCCUAGCACGGCCAGCAGUGCCCCAGGGAGAACCCGCCAGGUGACUGGAGAGAUGACCCCCCCACUCCAUGGACACCGUGCCCGAAUCCGGAAGAAACCCAAGGCUCUUCCUUACAGAAGGGAGCACAGUCCUGGGGACUUGCCCCCACCACCCUUGCCCCCACCAGAGGAAGAAACGAGCUGGCCCUUGGGGCUGAGAGCGGCGGGCAGCACGUCUUCCCUAGAGCGAGAGAGGAGAGUGGUACAGGCCGUGCCCUACCACGCUGGGCCCCACCCAGACGCUGCACUUCUGGGCUGUGCUGCAGAAGACGCCUGGCUUCCCUACGGCAGACCGAGCUUCCUGAGCCACGGCCAGGGCACCAGCACCUGCAACACCGCUGGCAGCAAUUCUUCUAGGGGUUCCAGCAGCUCUCGAGGUUCUCGGGGCUCUCGGGGCCCUGGACGCAGCCGGAGCGGGAGCCGGAGCCAGAGCCAGAGGCCAGGACAGAAACGGCGAGAGGAACCAAGAUGACCCUUCAUGAAGCAGGAGCUUAUUGAAAGUUCCACAGGGAAAGGGUGGGAACCCCUUCCUUGGCCAACAGGGAAGUGCGAGCCAAGAGGAGCAAGGAUGAGAGGCUGGCUGCCUUUCCUCCCAGCAAUGAUGCUUGUGACUCACAGAAGCCCACUGUCCUCGACAGCUUUUGUUGUCUCGGGAGCCAGAGAAUGAGCUCUUUCUCUUCCAUCUUUUUCUGACUGAGAUAUGUUUGUAUAAAAGGAAAAAAAAAAAAGUGUCCGAUCUGAGCCCUGGGCCCUGCUUGUCUGUUUUGUGCAGUAUUGUGAGCAGAGUGGGCGGUGAAGGUCUGUAGAUCAACACACACUGAUAGCUGCUGCAUCCUUUUGAACUUGUGUCAAAAUUCACAAGAUAAGGACAGAUGACAAGUGACACUGGCCUGGCCUGCUUCCCAGAGGAACUGAAGCCACUGUCCACCUGUGUGUUAGUUCACUAUCCAUUGGCAUACAAACAGCUUAAGGGAGGAGAGGUAUACUUGGGCUCGUUUUUCAGGACUGAGCCCAUGGUUGGCUGGAUUCUGUUUUUGUGGCUGUGGUGAGGCAGAGCAUCAUGGUGGAGCAGAGCUGCCCACCUCAUAACAGCCAGGAAGCAGGAAGAAGCAUGCAAGAAGCAGUCACGGCAAGACAUGUCUUUCAAAGACAUGAUCCCAGUGACUUCCUCCAGCCAUAUCCUACCUCCUAGCAGCCCAUAGAUCAGUGGUUC